AGAGGGACAUAUUUGCGGGGUGGCACAUCACAUCUGGAGGAGGGAGCUAUUUGCAGCAUCAGUUGAUCCCAGCAUCAGUUGCCUUCGCGUAUUUGUCGUUUAUUAAAGAAGAAAAUCCACCUGACAGUCUUUCUGAUGAGCAGUUCUCGGUUUCGCUCGCGAUUUUAAGGUCUCUCGAUCGCAUCGGACGUAGGAAGUGUUGCGCCCACAUGGGCAGCGUGUUGGCAUUGUCCUCCGGUCCAGGCCAUCAGAACUGGCCUUUCUCCACGGACCCUCCUCCUUCUCGCUGGGACGCACAUCCUGCUCACUGGGACAGUCCGCCACGCUGGGAGAGGAGAGAUGGCCGCUUACCUAACCCAGGCAGCUUUCACUCUCUCCACAGGAGCUGCAAAGAUGUUUUUCCUCAACAGAUUGAGGGAGUCAAGAUGAUUAUCAAUAAAACUCUGAGCAGUUUCUUCAAGGUCAGUCAUACACUGCAUCUCAGUGCUGUUAGUCCUUCGUACUAUCGAUUCCACGUGGAGCAUCUGCAGUCUGACGAUUACAGCAAAGACAAGGACGCUCCGGCAUUGAUCGGUGAGAUGGACUCUUCAGGCAGUCUGAACGCUCACGCUCUGCUGCAUCUCUCGGAGCGUGUACGAGCCAGAACAGUGUUCCAGACUCAGCAGUCCCAGUUUGUAACGUGGCAGUUUGAGACCGAGUAUAGAGGGAACGACUUCACAGCUGCUGUGACAGUAGCCAACCCAGACGUCCUCAGAGAGUCAGUUAUCCUUGUGGCACACUUCCUGCAGAGUGUGUCUUCUGGACUGGUGUUAGGAGGGGAACUAGUCUACCAUCGGGGGAGAGCAGAGGAAGGAGGAAUUCUUACUUUAGCUGGACAAUACUCACGACCAAACUGGGUGGCGACGCUGAAUGCUGGGAAAGGAGGUGCCCAUGCUAGCUACUAUCACAGAGCCAACAAACAGAUCCAAGUAGGCGUGGAGUUUGAAGCCAGCACCAGGACGCAGGAGACCACAACCUCAUUCGGGUAUCAGAUGGAACUCCCAGAGGCCAACAUGGUGUUUCGAGGUAUGAUAAACAGUCGGUGCAUAAUAGGAGGUGUGUUGGAGAAGCGCCUGACCCCGCUCCCUGCCACCCUCAUUAUGGGUGCCUUUGUAAAUCACAGAGGAGACAAGCUGCAAGUGGGCCUAGGUGUCAAUGUGGGAUAAUCCUCCACUAACCCUAGCUGGCAUUACAACUCACUGUCAGGACAAACCGUCCAGAGACCUGUUUCAGAGGCUUUAUAAUGACCUGAUCUUCAAAGGUUUGUCAGCCUCCGUAAAACACCUGGAACUACCCAAGUACUGUGAAUUUUUUUUUUUUUUUUUUUUUUUUUUUGGGGUGUUGAAGCCCAAAAUGGCUUCAUAAAUCGAUGCAUCUCAUCUUGCAACCUACCUCUUAAAAUGGAGGUGAUGUUUUCUGAUUGGGUGACAAAAGGAUUAUGCAGGAAGAUUGGAUUAACAUUUUGAGAGGCUCAACAUAUGUGACUUGAGAUAAGUUCCUGUCUCCCUGAAACCAGACUGCACUUCACCCUCUGGACAAUGCAAACAGAAAGGAUAAGGGGAUUACUGUACUGUAAACUGCAAAUAAAUAAAAGUUUUAUACUGUAGGUAGUAAUAAAGAAACGUUAUGUAUAUAAAUCACAUUUAAAAAUACUACUGCUUUUUAUGUUUUAGCCCAUUACCUAGAAUUUAUGUACACCUGACCUUUUAAAAUCAAUUUCAUACUAACUCACAAUCAGAGAAACACUCUUUUGGCAUCUGUCUCCUAAAUCCUAUAUUUUGGAGCUUCCAGCAGCUUGAAUGCACUGACAUGGGUGAGGUUUGAACCAGUUGCUGCCCCCUGCAUUACCCCAUUAUCCUAACAGAGAGAAAAUAAAGCUGAUUAAAUGUUCACUGAUUAAUUAUCUCAAGCCAGUUUCUGUGAGAUGAUUUUCACCAAUUAAUGCUGAGAGGAUCAACCUAGAAACAGACAGGUCAGCAGUUAUGUCUUCUCUGUGCGAGUUUUAGUACAUGGGUGAAGUCAUGCUAAAACACCAGUGUGAUCCCUAAAGCUAUGUGUAUGAUUGUCAUCUCUUUUUUGCCAAGUAUGUGAGAGUUCCACACACAAACAAAUAGCCCAUUGACUAAGAGAAAAGGUGCUGCGCCGUAUAUACUAACCCUGCUGCUGAGGGAUGUGUGAGUGGCUAUGCGCUAAUUCUGCUGAGCCAGGACUGUAUGUACUGUAUGUAUAUAGAUGAAGGCACGUGGAAACACUGACCUGUAUGCAACCUGCACUACUCACGCUGCUUCUGGGCAUUUCCAGUCCUGUUACAUGUAUGAAAUGUUGCAUAUGUAUUAUUUAUACAUUAUGUAAUAUAAGCAUGGAGAGAAGUAGAAGGGAAUGACUGUCUUUUUGGACUUAAUUUAAUAAAGAUGUUAUUUCUAUUAUA